UAUAAAUAAAAUCACAGUCGGACUGAAGAGAUGAAAUCAGCAGCGCAUGGACACAGGACGUUUUCAUGACCACGCCCACUAUAUAUGACGCGUGCUCGUCACACGCACUGGCUCGAGUUGUUCAGAUGAAUGAUAUUAACGCGACACUGAUGCGAGUUAAACUGGAGAUCAUACAGACACUUAAGGAUGAAACAUGGCUCUACUAAGGAAAAUCAACCGUGGGCUCUUCAUUCUGUUAAUUCUGGUGGCACUUUAUGUUCUGUUAAACAAGACAAGGUCACAGAUGUCAAAGUUUUCAGAGCUGAAGAAAGAUGAGAUUGAAGCAGGUGUUGAAGAUGAGACGGACAGAGACGUCCCGGUGCUGAUCUGUGCAUCAGAGGAGCGCAUCGGCGCUUCCAUGGCAACCAUCAACAGCGUCUUCAGCAACACUCAGGCUAACGUUGUUUUCUACAUAGUUACUCUGCGAGAUGCCAUCAGAAACAUAAGGGAAUACAUUGAUAAUACCAAACUAAGAAAAAUCAAGUACAGGAUCCUGGAGUUUAACCCGAUGGUGUUGAAAGGGAAAGUGAAUCCGGACUCAUCCAGACCAGAACUGCUGCACCCUCUGAACUUUGUGAGGUUCUACCUGCCGCUUCUUGACAUUGAAAAUCACGAGCGCAUCAUUUACCUGGAUGAUGAUGUCAUAGUGCAAGGAGAUAUACAGGAACUGUUCCACAUCAAAAUAAAAGCCGGGCAUGCAGCUGCAUUCGCGUCAGACUGCGAUCUGCCCCAAACUCACGAGAUGGUGCGCAGCGUGGGGAUGCAGGUGCGUAUUUUUGUGUGCAUGUUAUGCAUAUCACAUGCAAUCUCAUUCUAUCAGUCUGACCGGCUCCAACAGACCACCUACAUGGGCUUCCUGGAUUACCGAAAAGAGGCAGUCAGAGAGCUGAACAUCAACCCCAGCGAGUGCACAUUUAAUCCUGGGGUUUUUGUGGCAGAUGUUGCAGAGUGGAAAAGGCAAAAAAUAACUAAACAGUUAGAGAAAUGGAUGACUAGGAACUUCAGGGAAAACCUGUACAGCAGUGCUGUGGCAGGGGGCGUGGCCACCCCGGCGAUGCUCAUCGUCUUUCAUAAUAGACACACAACCAUUGAUCCACAGUGGCAUGUCAGACACUUGGGUAAUACACCUUCUGAGUCACUUGUCAUUCUAUCAUGUAUGCUAUGCUGUUUAUACUGUUAUACUAGAAGGCACAUUUCCAGAGAUCAUGGUCAAAGCAUUAAUUUAGAAUAUGAAACUUCAUGUUAUCUUUACCGUACAAAGGUUGGAGUCCUGAUGCACAGUAUCCAGAGUCUAUUCUCCAAGAGGCACAACUACUGCACUGGAACGGAAAUUUCAAACCAUGGGAGUACCCAUGCGUCCAUUUAGAGCGUUGGGAGAAAUGGUUUAUUCCAGACCCUACAGGAAGGUUCUCUCCCAUACGACCAUAACAGACCGAAUUAUCCCUAAAUUUAACCUUGAAGGAAUUCGCACUUGACUUU